GACACAAACUGCUCUCAUCUGUCUCACUGUCAACUCGUCCGUCUGUCUCUCUCUCAGCUGCCUGUCUCAAGAUCACAUUCCUGCAACUCAGGUUUGGAGAACGACACUCAAACUUACGGCCGGAGGAAAACCAGAAAGAAAGAAAGAAAGAAAGAAAGAAGAAGAAAAGAACACCUUUAAACCACUGGGAGACGUCUGGAUACGGUUUUUAAAACCAUCACCUCACACACACAUCACCUCCUGCUGCCACUCGGCAUCUGCCAUCCUAAAUCAGGUGAAUUCAAAUAAAUAAAAAAGGUCUGUGCUGAGCUGUCAUGGCAGACUGGAGCCUGCUGGGAAACUUCCUGGAGGAAGUGCAGGAGCACUCUACAUCUGUUGGCAAGGUGUGGCUGACCAUCCUGUUUAUCUUUCGUAUCCUGGUGCUCGGGACGGCGGCUGAGUCGUCGUGGGGCGACGAGCAGGAAGAUUUUAACUGCGACACCGAGCAGCCGGGCUGCGAGAACGUCUGCUACGACCGAGCCUUCCCGAUAGCUCACAUACGAUACUGGGUGCUCCAGAUCGUGUUCGUGUCCACUCCCAGUCUGAUCUACAUGGGCCACGCCAUGCACACCGUCCGCAGAGAGGAGAAGAGGAGGAGCAGAGAGGAGGAGGAGGAGGACGGAGAAGGGGGAGAGAGGGAGGAGGACCCAGGAGGGGGUGAAGGAGAGAGAGGAAGAGAGAAACACGGGAGGAAAGGAGAGAAGGGCAGAGGAAAGGAGGAAAAACCAGAAGGCCAAUUGGCAGGUCGAGUCCGUCUGAGGGGAGCGCUGCUGCAGACGUACAUCAUGAGUAUACUGCUACGAAGCAUCAUGGAGGUGGUGUUUCUGAUUCUCCAGUACUUCAUGUAUGGAGUCUUCCUCAAUCCUCUGUAUGUCUGCAAGGCCUGGCCGUGUCCACAUCCGGUGAACUGCUACGUCUCCAGGCCGACAGAGAAAAACGUCUUCAUCGUGUUCAUGAUGACGGUGUCCGCCGUCUCUCUGGCCCUCAGCGUGCUCGAGCUGCAUCACCUGGCGUGGAGACACUGCUGCAGGUACCUCUGCUUUAAAGAAAAGGUGAAGGCGCCGCUGGCUCGCCGGCUCUCUCUGGCUCCUCCCCCACCGCCAACCCCACCGCCGGACUUCAGCCAGUGUGUGAUCGGCUCCACGCACUUCCUGCCGCUCCCGUUCCCCAACCACCGCCUCGCUAACCAGCAAAACUCUGAGAACAUGGCCACCGAGAAGCACAAAAUGGCCGCGGCGGCCGAGGAGGUAAACCUCCUCCAGAUGCGCUGCUGCUCGCCGCCGUGGCGGGAGACGGCUGUCGAUCCGAUACAAGAUGGAGGAUACCUGAGGAGCGAGGCCAACUCCUACGCGCCCGGGAGCAGCGAGAUGAACGGCGGCCCGGACGGCGGCGGGCUGGGUCACAAGGACAAACGGAGAUUCAGCAGAACGAGCGGAACGAGCAGCCGGACGAGACCGGACGACCUCUCCGUUUAGAGAGAAGGCAGAAAGCGUAACUACUCACACACCUGCUGAACAAACGGAGAGUGAUGCGUGAACGCGUGCACGUAACGCACAUUUAACUCAGCAGGACUUCACAUUUAGCAGCAACGCUAACUCUCUGAAUGGAAGAUCAUUUUUGGAGUCUACUUCAUGACGCUUUUUUCAACGUAUUUUCAUACAAACGUUUGUAUAAAAAAAAGUCACAUUUUUCAAGCCUAAAGUCCAGCAACACGUAUCAAUUGUCUGUCCUUGACAUGCAUACGGUCUUUUCAAAAUAAACUUUCGACAAAACUACUCGGUUAGGUUUAUGUAAAAUUAAUUGUUUGGGUUAAAAAAAAAGUUACGUGAUGAUUAAAUCAGAGUUUCCUUGUGUUGGAUCAAAGACCAGAAGGCAAUAUUUUUUACCAUUUCUGCCUGUUCUGUUUGUUACAUCUUGAUUUUAAAUGUACAGAUUUACAUCUUGCAUUUACAUUUGCAUCGUUAUCUUUUGA